AUGGAGGUGGUAACCCUGUUGGAAGGGAUAAAUAGCAGCAUUCAUGAAGGUGGUAGUGCUGUUGGAAGGGAUGAAGCAGCAGCAUACUUCUGUCAACACAGACGACUAGAGAUGGAAGAAUGUAGCAGGGCUGGCCUGUUCGCUGUUGCGACUCACUCAAUGUACCGGACGGUCCGCACUGUACCACAACAGAGAUCAAAGGCGGAAAGUUCAGUCAGUAGACUCACUAGGGACGGAACCACAGCGGAGGCCAAAAGAAACGGCGCCCACAUGGCGGAAGUCCACCUGAAAUCGACCGCCGGGGCCGCCAUGGAGGUGGAGACCAGCAGCGCAGGGGAGAACGCCGCUGGGGUGGCCGGUCUGCUCCGCGGGUUCCUCGCCGUGCAGCAGCGCCGCGCCGUGGCCUACUCCAAGCUCCGAAGGGGUUUUUCUGAAUACAUGGCUACUGGAGGUGAAAUUGCUUACCAACAACUAUGUGGCAAUGUUACAGCAGAAUUCAAUGAUUGCUCAACAGAGAUUCUUGAAAUGGUGUCCCUGCUCUCAAAGCCACAUUUGUGCCGUGGCGAUCUUGCCAACUUACUGAAGGAUGUACAGGCACAUGAGAGAGAUAAAUUGCAGCUGACAGCGAGGAUUCAGGUACUGAAGAAAGCUGGCCGUCCUUCGGAACGCCUGGUAAAUCACGAUCAUUGCAGGUCAAGCAGCAUGGCCCAGCAUGUGUGUGCGAACCUGAAGGAGAUAACCGAGGCUUCCGGCACAGAGGACGCAGAGGCGGACGCUGAGUACGAUGCUGCUCUCAAGGAGGCCAUACAGGGCAUUCAAGAGGCGGUGACCAGCAUAAACGAGCACAUGGAGGAGGUGCGGUACGAGAUCGACGCCCUCGAGGCUGAGACGGUUGGCAGCAGCUUGGUUGAAGUCGAGGAAGCAUUCCCUGAUACUCUUUCGAUAAAGUAGAGGAGUGAUAUAUGCUGAAGUAUUAGGCCAUAGAAGGGUUUUAAACAGAGUUUGCUGCGAAGUGUAGUGGCUGGAGAAUUUAGCCCAACAGUGCCUGGUAGAACUUGCAUCAAAUUCUACUGUAGGUUAACUCACAUUCUUAGCUGGGGGGAAAUGAAAUUGGAUGGCAUGAUUCUAGUGACAACAAACAAUGCUAGCUUGCUUAUUUUAUUUGGAGGAGAUUAUACGAAGAUAUUCCGAGUUGGUCUUACUUAAUGGUGAUGUUGUUAUUUGAAAUUUGAA